AAACCAAAAUAGUGAAAACCUUUGAUCCAGAGCAAACAGCAUCACCACCCUCAAAAUUUUCAAUUCACCAGCACAAACCAAACCGCAAUAGCUGCGAGGCAAAAGGAACAACAAAGGGAGGAAGCGUAGGUUGCUACCCCUCCAACACCACCACCAUCUUCCACCUUCACCCAUCAAAAAGCCUUUCCACGCAACAACAUCAACAAUAACAACACCACCAUCACCAACGAAUAGGCACUGCUACCAGUGGUGCCGGAUCGGCGAUUGGGGUAUCUAUCUAUCUCGAGAGCUUUGGCCGGCACCUUGUGUUGGCGGUUUUUGGUUUUUUGUUUUUUGAAGCAACAGCAAGCAUCCUUUGACAUAGGUUUCGUUGUUUUUAAGGAACAGAAUCCAAGUUUGAUAAUUUUUAUUUUGCUGUCCUUGUGGUUGUUGAAGGUUUUUUCCUCUCUCCCCCCUCCUAUUUGUUGUGUUGGUGAAGAAACAAGGAUUUAGUUUCUGGGGUAUGUUUUUAGGUGCAAUACGUGGGACUCAUGAUAGUUCUGCCACUUGGUUUUGAUUGGUACAAGAGGUAGGUUGGUAGCAGCUUAGAAAUGUCAGACCCGAAUUCAGUUGAUGUGAUUUUGGAAUUUCUGAGGAGGAACCGGUUCACCCGGGCUGAGGCAGCCUUGCGUAGUGAACUCGGCAACCGUUCUGAUGUGAAUGGGUUCCUUCAGAAGCUUAAAUUAGAGGAAAAGGAAUUGUGUAAUGUGUCACAUGAUGAUAAGGGGACGACAGUGCUAGAAAGCCGUGGCUCGGAUUCUCGUGAUAGUGUUGAUGGUUCUAAAGAGCUGAUUGUGAAGGAAAUAGAGUAUGGAACUAGUAGAAAUAAUGUUGAAAGCAAACGGAAAGCUGCUGCUUCUACAGGGGAGCGUAAUCAAUCCAACGAAGUGGGUGGAACAAGUGACAAAAACUUCAGUUUCUCAAAGGGUUCGGAGGACAAUCUUCUUGAUUUGAACUCAUGGAAGUUUGGCCCUGGAAAUGGUCCAGCGGAGCCUUACCAAACUUAUGGUGGGAGUGGGGCUAGUAAUAUGUUGAAGACCCCAAUGUCUCAGCAAUCAAAAUCUCAAACAAGUGAAGCUGUUGAUGCAGCCAACAGGAAAGCAAAAUCUGGGGAGGAAAAUGCUGUGCCUAUGGAAAGAAAUUCCACUUGGCUUGGAAGUAGUAGUAAAGCCACUGCUGAACCAAAGUAUGAGCUCAUUCAAAGCAAAGAACCUAGGGAACUGGAUCGACAGCUAAAAUUUAGUAGUUCUUCUCUGAAAGAGAACUUGGUCGAUAAUGCUUUGUCGAGAAAUGAUGAUAAUGUGAAUUUGUCAUUGGACCCGUGGAAAGAUUGUUCCGUGAAGACUGUUUUCCCGUUCUCAACGGGAACAGGGGACGUGUCUACGAGCUAUAAUGGGUCAACUUAUUUAGGCAGAAAAGAGGAGAAGAGAAAGGAAGAAACAAGUGAUGCCAGAGCAGCAAUAAAAGAGCAGGUGGAUGAAGUGGGGAGGGCUUUGUACUUAGGAAAGUUGCAAGGCAGUUCCGAACAGAAUAAUUUCAGCAGCCUAAGUUUCCCUCUUUCACCAGAGAACCAGAAGGAAGAAUUUCCUCGGCUUCCUCCUGUUAAAAUCAAGUCAGAAGAUAAGCAGUUGGCUAUUAAUUGGGAGGAGAAGUUUGAGCGCGAUGGACUGUCCGCAAAACUCAGUGGUUCUACUGACAACACUUUGCUUAUUGGGUCAUAUUUGGAUGUGCCCAUUGGACAAGAAAUUAAAACUGCAGGUAUGAGGAGGCCUUCAGGGGGUAGUUGGCUGUCUGUGAGUCAAGGGAUUGUAGAGGAUACGUCUGAUCUUGUAUCUGGUUUUGCAACAAUUGGCGAUGGGUUGAGUGAAUCUAUUGACUAUCCAAAUGAAUAUUGGGACUCUGAUGAAUAUGAUGAUGAUGACGACGUUGGGUACAUGAGACAACCCAUUGAGGAUGAGGCCUGGUUUUUGGCACAUGAAGUUGAUUACCCUAGUGACAAUGAAAAGGGGACCACACAUGGAAGUGUUCCAGAUCCUCAGGAAAGAGGUCCGGCCAAAGAUGACGAUGAUGAUCAGUCUUUUGCUGAGGAGGAUUCUUAUUUCUCUGGAGAGCAAUAUCUUCAUGCGAAGAAUGCCGAGCCAGUCACUGUUUCGGAUGAUCCCAUUGGUCUUACGGUUACUGAAAUGUAUGGAGGAACGAAUGAUAUUGACACAAUUGGUCAAUACAAUGGACAAUUGAUUGACGAUGAAGAAUUGAAUUUGAUGCGAGUGGAACCUGUAUGGCAGGGGUUUGUCUCCCAGACAAAUGAUCGCACCAUGUUAGGAAAUGGGAAGCUUCUAAAUGAUAGUGGAAGAUCACGACUUGAAGAUAUCUGUAUGGAAGAUGAUCAGCAUGGUUCGGUUAGGUCAAUUGGAGUGGGGAUUAACAGUGAUGCUGCUGACUUUGGCAGUGAAGUGCAUGGAAGUUUGAUUGGGGGUAGUAGUGAAGGGGAUUUAGAAUAUUUCCGUGAUCGAGAUGUCGGGAUUGGUGGCUCCAAACACAGUCAUGAUUUGGAUAACAUUUCGAACAAAUCGAUAAAAAGCAAGAAAAAAAGUGACAAGAGUGAGUUGAAUAAAUACAUCAUUGGGGGUGAUAAAGAUGCACGCUUACAGAUGAAAACGAAUAAUGAUGUGAACUUCUCAUUCCCCCAAACUUUAAAUGAUGGCCAGAUUAUUCAAGCUGGUCCCAGUAAGGCUCUAUGGUCAAGUAGUUGUAAUGUGGACGAAAGAGAUGACCGUCUUAAUGCAUAUGUGGGAACCGAUGACAUGCUUUCUUCUUGGAGACGAAAGAGCAGCGAUUCUUCUCCCGUUAAAAGUUCUAGGGAUGAUAAUAAUGCUAAUAUGGUGAGGUCAACAAACUCUUCCCCGACCACAUUAUCAAAUUAUGGGUAUACUGAAACAGAUCAUGCCAAGCUAGAAGAGGAUGAAAAAGGUGGCACUGAAAGGGAAGAUGAACUAGGCGCCUCACUAGAUGAUGAAGAGGCUGCUGCUGUGCAAGAGCAGGUAAGGCAAAUAAAAGCCCAGGAGGAGGAGUUUGAAACCUUCAAUCUGAAGAUUGUGCACAGGAAAAACAGAACUGGCUUUGAGGAAGACAAGCAUUUCCAUGUUGUUUUGAAUUCGGUAAUAGCCGGCCGUUAUCAUGUCACUGAGUAUCUGGGAUCUGCUGCAUUUAGCAAAGCUAUACAAGCUCAUGACCUGCACACGGGCAUGGAUGUUUGUGUUAAAAUUAUAAAAAACAACAAGGACUUCUUUGACCAAAGCCUUGAUGAAAUCAAGCUUCUGAAGUAUGUCAAUAAGCAUGAUCCUGCUGACAAGUAUCACCUUCUGCGAUUAUAUGAUUAUUUCUAUUAUAGAGAACAUUUGUUAAUAGUAUGCGAGCUACUUAAAGCCAAUUUGUACGAGUUUCAUAAAUUCAACAGAGAAUCAGGCGGUGAAGUCUACUUCACAAUGCCUAGAUUACAGUCAAUUACCAUUCAGUGUUUGGAAGCACUUCAGUUUUUGCACAGCCUUGGACUAAUACAUUGCGACCUAAAGCCGGAGAACAUUUUGGUUAAAAGCUAUAGCAGAUGUGAGGUGAAGGUCAUUGAUCUUGGAAGUAGUUGUUUUGAGACGGAUCACCUUUGCUCCUAUGUUCAGUCCAGGUCCUAUCGUGCACCUGAGGUCAUUUUGGGACUUUCAUAUGACAAGAAGAUUGAUAUUUGGUCACUUGGAUGCAUCUUGGCAGAACUUUGCACUGGCAAUGUUCUUUUCCAAAAUGAUUCCCCUGCAACAUUACUCGCCCGGGUGAUUGGGAUCAUUGGUCCAAUUGAUCAAAGUAUGCUUGCAAAGGGACGAGAUACAUACAAGUACUUCACCAAAAAUCAUAUGCUUUAUGAACGGAAUCAGGAAUCCAACAAGUUAGAAUACCUGAUCCCGAAAAAGACGUCAUUGAGGCAUAGAUUGCCGAUGGGAGAUCAAGGUUUCAUUGACUUUGUUGCUCAUUUGCUCGAGGUUAACCCAAAGAAGCGGCCCUCUGCGGCUGAGGCCUUGAAGCACCCUUGGUUAUCAUACCCCUAUGAACCCAUAUCAUCUUGAAGUAUUCAGCAGUUUCUUUCUCUUUUGAUGAUGACGCUUAACCCCCUAAGUCGGUUAAAAUACGACAUUGAGAUGGAAGGCACUGCUGCUAUACAUUAUUGCUGCUUCUCAUCAUCCAUUUUAAAGAUGAUAUGGAAAGAUUUAUGCCCUUUCACAACCCUGCAAAAAUGCGUCGCUGAAAGGUGUUUGGUUUUCUCGGGUAAUGCUUGUCUCCCUCCUCCUCCCCCUCCUCCUCCUCCUCCUCCUCCUCCUCCUCCUCGUCAGUUCUUCAAAUUGUAUUCUAGUUAACCAUGACUCAAUGAUGUAAUAUUUUUAACUCGAACGACGUAACGGUAGGUUGCGGAUUUUCUUUCCUUUGUUUGCUGAUAUUGGGAGGGAAAUCUUUGAUAUCUUUGGCUUGUACAUGAUGUUGGAUAAUCCUUUUUAGGCUUAUUUUAGUAGUAUCUUGUGAAAGUAGAAUGAAUACCUAUAAGAUUUUGAAA